CUUAGCCAUCUGCCUCUGCAGAUCACCACACACUCCCCACAGCAGCAGCAUAAGGAGACAUCUUACCCUUCGCUACCAUGUAUAAAAUGUACGACAGUCAGUGGGAUGAAGAGAGUGAGGACGGGAAUAGCUCCCUAAACUCUGCUUUCUGGUCCGACGGGGAGGAGGAGGAGGAGGAGAAGGUUGAGCAAUACAAGCAGGAAGAUACAGAGCCCAACAGAACCACUGAAUACACACAAGAGGAGCCACCUGUCGUAGAGCCACCUGUCACGGAGCGUCCAAAGGAAACCAUACAAGAGGAGUGUAGAGGAGAAAGGGCUAAGCAGGGUGAAAAGAUUGACGAGGAGGGUUACAGCACUCGUGAUGGGAGCCCGGCGCUGAGCUUACUGACAUCUGGUUAUGGCACCUACAGGCCAGACUCUUCAGCUAAGGACGACCCAGAGGGAGAAGACUAUAGAGACGACAGUACCAUAGCUGAGUUUGACAGAGAAAGCCAGGGCCUUUCUGAGAUGCAAUAUGGCGAUGAGGAUGACCAGUCGCUCGCCAAUUUUGAUGUUGACGGUAAGGAGGAUACCACUGAUCUACAGAUCUGUGAGGACACCGGUUUGAGGACGAAGUUGGAAGAAAGUCAAAGCCUCUCUAAUGUGGCAUAUUGUGAAGAUCAUGCUCCUGUUGAAUUGGAGAGCAAAGACCGCACUGAUGUGAACUACUGUGAAGAUGACUAUACAUUGGCUCAGAAUAAAAAUGACAAGGCAGUAUUAGAUGGGAUAUAUCCUGAAGACAGUUCUCUCACUGAGUCCAAAGACAAUGAGAGGCCCACUGGAGAAGGAUAUAGGAAAGAAGAGAAAGGAGCAGAAGAUGAGCAGGAGUGGGAGGAUUUGCAGUCGCUGGCGGGCAUUAAAGAUAUUACGUUAAUUGAUUCCAAGUCUACUAAGACUUAUGAAGAGUGGGAGGAUAACAGAAGACCCAAAAGGGGUGCAGUGAGUGGGCCGGGAGAGCGUCUGGGAGGGAUUCAUGUGUCCAUGUCCACCCAUCAGGAGUUGGAGCUGGAGAGUGAUGAAGCAGGCAGUCUGAGUGACAGGUCGGAGUCGGACCGUCUCCCAAGUGCCUUCAAAGCCUAUAUCAGAGGCAUGGCCAGAUCUCGGAGUGAGAUUGACAUCAGACCCCAGCCCAAGUCGUUUAUCCGCCCAGUAAAAGAUCAUCCUCACACCAGAAGCCUGAAGAAGACAGACCCAGUGGCAAAGUAUUUCCAGUACAAGCAGGACUGGGAAAUGUUCAAGGCGCCAGGAGAGAAGGAUAGAAAAGCACUGCACUGGGAAAUCAGGGAACAGCUCGCGUACCAACCUCUACCACCGAAGCCUCGAAGAGUAUUUGUGCCCAACACCUACGUGGUGCCUACAGAGAAGAAACGCUCCGCCCUGAGAUGGGAAAUACGACAUGACUUGGCCAAUGGACUCCUACCGCCAAUCAACUAUCGACUCUAGGCCUUAUGUACUUUACGCCCAAAAUCGGCUCUCUUUUAAUCAUCAGCUUGCAUAUCUUAUCAUUGACAUUUAUUUAUUAUAUUAAAAGGCAUGACAAACA